CAUGUUACAUGUUCCACCCUAAAAACGGUUGAACGGGAGGACUGACAACUCAUGGGGCCCCCGGGCAAUAGGGGAUCAUGGGGCCCCUGUGUCCUCACCCACACUCAAAACCACACCCAAAAAAGCCUAUGAAAGGUACCAGGGGCAUGUCAUCGGGCCCCCUACUGACCCCGGGCCCUCAGGCAAUGCCCUAGUGUCUGAAUGGUCAGUCCGCCCCUGAUCUCUGGAUGCUGUUUUUAUGUAACCUGAUAUUAUGGAA